AUGUUCGCUAAGUGCUUCGCCGCCAUCCUCCUCUGCACCAUGAUGAUCGGAUUCUCGACUCAACAAGUCGUUGUUCCAGCAUACUACCCAUCUGCCUAUGCCUAUCCAUCUGUCUACUCCCCAUACCUCACUGCAGCCGCCUAUCCAACUGUCUUUGCAUGGGGAUCCAAUAAGAAUAAGGGAGGAGAUGCUCCAGCUCCAGAAGGCCCAGCUCCAUCCACUCUCACGAACAAUGGACCAAAGCCGACUAGCGCUUGA